ACUUAGUUGCUUCAUUUCGUUUACUUUAAUGUCCCAGUCUCGUCAUCAUUAUUCGAUGUUUUAUGUAUUCAAAAACUAAGAUCGUUGCUUCUUUGCGCUGGUUCCCUGUAUUAGGUGAAAAGUUAUGCGACGGCCACAGUUGUAGAUUUUUUGAGAGCGAAUUGGAACGAGACAGGAAGUCCUAGUUUCGGGAGGGAGAACAAACUAGAGGCGGGAAUUACCGCUACUGUAAACAUCGAGUUAAAGUGCAUUACAAAAGUUGUUACGAGUGUAUUCAUAUAUUUUUUAUAAUUUUUUGACAAGAUAUCAGUAAUAGCUGGAGCAGGCCAGGCAUGAGUGGCGCACACCUGGACGAAUGGCAGAAGAGGUCCUUUGACAUUUCAUCUGGCAACUGUACACCUGAACAGACGGCCGAUGCCUACCGGGCCCACAUCCUCUCCAUUCAGUAUGCAUGGGCAAGCUCCCAGCUCUCUCAGGCCGGCAUGGCCAGCCUGCUCAGGACCUACUCGGAGCGCUACGCUGCAGUGUUGGACUCGGACGACCCGCGCACAGGGCUCAACAACUAUGCAGAAAGCGCGCUCCAUCUGGCCCGCAGUCAGAAGAACUACAGCGACAAAUGGGAGUCAUCCCUCACUGCAGAGAGCGUGCUGGAGUUGCCCAGUGUUCAGAAAACAAUUCAGGCAAAGACAGGAGGUGAGAGCUUUGUGGUGGCACCAGCUGACAUUAACAUAACUGUGGGGCAAGAGGGUAAAGGUAGCUCUCUCACUCCUCCCUUUAAAACUGUGCAACCACCGCAGCUUAAAUCAGAGGUUAAAAUCGCAGCCAGUAUCCCUGCUAAUGUUUCUGUGGAAAGGCCCAGCAGUCACGAAGGGAUUUCAGUCAAUCCACCCUCAUUCUCCCGACCUCCAGCUCAGCCACAGUCUGUGUUUAGUCGCCCUUCUCCAGCUCUCCCACAUGUAAACCCUGGCCCCGCAGGGGUCACGCAGCACUAUCAGUCCUCCUUCUUUCCCACCUCCAACACAUCGAAGCGGAAACAUUUUUACAACACAGACGGAGGUGAUGUUGGCAGGGAGCAAAAUGGCAGUCAGGUGUCAUCAGACCCACGGGCUGUUACCACCUUCAAAACAGCUCGUGAGCAGUUUGUUGUUGACCAGCAGCGAAAGCACUCCCAUCAGCCUCAGAGAGGUCAGGCCCCUGGGAUGGCGGCAACUGUGAAGAAAUCUCUGGGCGCCAACAGGCCUCGAGGUGCAUUUUCAAAAUUUGUGUCUCCCAUUCCACGACAGGAAGAGGAGGGAAGUGUGGCGAGCCGUAAUUCCAAUCAGGAACCUCAAAUCCUGGACGAGCGUCUGAAAAACUUUGAGCCAAAGAUAAUCGAGCUGAUCAUGAGUGAGAUCAUGGACCACGGGCCUCCGGUGGGCUGGGACGACAUAGCAGGUCUGGAGUUCGCCAAGACUACCAUAAAGGAAAUUGUGGUUUGGCCCAUGCUGCGACCUGACAUCUUUACUGGCCUCCGUGGCCCACCCAAAGGCAUCCUGCUGUUUGGACCGCCAGGAACUGGAAAAACUCUGAUAGGUAAAUGUAUUGCCUGUCAAUCAGGUGCCACUUUCUUUAGCAUCAGCGCCUCAUCACUCACAUCCAAGUGGGUGGGUGAAGGAGAGAAAAUGGUGCGAGCUCUGUUUGCCAUUGCCCGCUGCCACCAGCCUGCUGUUAUUUUCAUCGAUGAAAUCGACUCCCUGCUGUCCCAGCGGACGGACGGUGAGCACGACUCCUCGCGCAGGAUAAAAACAGAGUUUCUGGUCCAGCUAGAUGGAGCGGCCACUGCAGCAGAGGACCGAAUCCUGGUGGUGGGUGCCACCAACCGGCCCCAGGAGAUCGACGAGGCAGCACGACGCCGCCUGGCAAAGCGGUUAUACAUCCCCCUGCCCGAAGCGACUGCCCGACGCCAGAUAGUGACAAACCUCAUGGCUCAGGAGAAAAACCAGCUGGGAGAAAGCGAGGUGGAGAGGGUGGUGACAGCCACGGAGGGCUUCUCCGGAGCCGAUAUGACUCAGCUGUGUCGAGAGGCAGCACUGGGGCCCAUACGCAGCAUCCAGCUCAGUGACAUCGCCACCAUCACCGCGGAUCAGGUGCGACCCAUCAUCUACAGUGACUUCCACGACGCCCUGAAGACUGUACGUCCCAGUGUGUCAUCAAAGGACUUGGAGCUGUAUGAAGAGUGGAAUAAAACCUUUGGAUGUGGGCGUUAAACUUUUCUUUGUCUCCGUUCAGGUUCUGGGUGUUGAAAGAAAUGGAAAAUGUAAAGACGUUAAAUGCUUUCUUUGUUCUGCACAAACCCGACAAAGUGGGAGGACCCAGGACUAAAAACAAAGAAUGACAGUCUCAUGAAAAAGCUGAAAACUAUAAGACGGGUCUCUUUAAUGCAGUCUUUCUGGGGUUUUUCCCCAUAUAUUGCCAAAUAUCCCUAUGAUGAGAAGUUGGCCUUAUCUGUGUGAUGAAGAGCUGAAUUCAGUUUUAUUUGUUUGCCUACGAAAAACAGGGCUUCCAUAAAUGACAAGGAAAACAGAAUUAAAGAAGAGAAAAGGACCUUUUUAUUGGCUACCAGUUAAAUAAUUAUUUUAAGCCUGUGUAUCAGCUUAGUCCAGUCAUAUUGGAUUGCACAGGUGAACAGGUGCCUCUUUUAUGAGUGUAUGUGUAAUGUGUUAGUCUCUGUGCUAGUGGUCCGUUGUUUUGAGGUUUUUCAACACUACUCGUAAAGGUCAGGGUGUCGUAACAUGAAGAAAAAAUGAAGAAAACCUUACCUCGUUCCCACUUUGUACUGAGAGAAUUUGCCAUCUGCGUUCAGCUUUUUGGUCAUUUUCAGGUGUUUGUGCCGGUCAGGCUGAUUUUGUUCUGUUGCUUUGUGAUCCGGUGUUAGGUAGUGUGUAUUAUACACAAACCAUUUUCCAGUUGAAGCCCUGUUUUCCAUUUAAAUUCUAGUAUUUCACAUCAAGGAUAGACAUUCACAGUCGAAUUAUGACUUAAUGCUUGUCAUCUGUUUGGUCUUUUUCAGUUAACUGCAUGGUCGAAAUUGUUUUUGUCCCUAAUAAAUGUAUAUAUCACACAUCUCCACAAGUUUUUGUCUCAGAGUGUGACAGUAAGCAAUAAGUUUAUCUCUAGGCUGCGGUGACAUAUCCGAUCCCAUGCGAUCCACAGAGGGCAGUGUGAUCACGUUUGAGCACCACAACCACGGUUUGCCUGAAGUCUCACUGUCCUGAAAUGUUCCUGAGGCUGGAUGUGUUAAUCAUAUCCGCGGAAGUUGGGCAACACGGAGAGUAUCCUGGGUCUUGUGUUUAAAAAGAGAAAAAAAAGAAAAACUUUGCCUGUCUUCCUGUUAGUGAUUAAGACAGCAGUGUUACUGCAAUACAUCCCUUUUGCAGGGCCUCUGUGUUAGUUCUGAUCCAUGGAGUUUGUGCCCGGUCAAAGUGUUUGCAACUGCUUUCUCAGUGAAGACGUCCCUCACGCAAGCGGUGUGAGGAUUUUUAACAUUAUGUUUUUCAAGUUAAAUGCCUCACUGGUCACACAUGCACUACCACUGAAGGGGGCCAUUAGAGAUUGUGCACACAUGAAACAAAAUCUCAUGUAAAUUUCAUCAAGAAAUCUUUGAGAAUCUGGAAGACCAUGAAAACGGGGCUUUCAUUUAUUUUUCAUCUUUUUUGUCAGGUCCCUGAUAAAUAUUUCACACUUGUGUUGUUGGCCACUGUAUAGAAACUUUGUUGAAUUAGCCAGCAGUGAAAGUAGUCACACACGCACCCUUCCCCCCCAACGGGUGGGCUUCUCCGAUCGCGGGGACUCCUCACAGCUGGACCAGGACAGAUGCGCAGAAUUCCUCUGGUGCUGACGGGAUCUAUAGAGCCCAUUGAGUAUGGACUGAAAACUGUGCCAUAUGGUGUAAGCUUGUAGCUCAAUUUGACUGUGGCUGUGAAGCAAGUGGUCACAUCUGGGGCAGUGUGGUCACAAACAAACACAUCACACAGUACAUUUACAGAGAAGAAAAUAAGGUCAUUUUACUGAAUCAUUUUAUCCUUAAUACGGAUUCAAGCUGAGGUAGAAAUAAGUAUAAGCACUUGGUGUUGCUUUUUUCCCUGUGUUCACAUAUAUACAGUUGUGGAAGAACUACACAAGCUGUGCUCAAGUAGAAGUUUAAAUGUAAUAAGUUAUAGGAAUAAAAUUCCAGUAUUUAAAAUCAAAUCUCAUGUCAUUUGUAAUAUAGAAACAUUACAGG